AUGACAUUAGAAGAAAUAUUAUUCAAGGCAAUUGAUAUUCAUCAUAAUGUAAAAUAUAAAGUAGUACCUAUUUUAAAAAUAAGAAAAAAUGUUUCUAAACAUCUUUUCAAAUACAAUAAUCUAACAAAUCGUAAAGAAGUUUUGGUUAUUGCAAAUACAAAUAGUAAUAGUGCAGAAAUUAUAGACACAACAACAGGUCAUUAUUUUGUUAUAAUACAAAAUGUAAUAAAAUUAACUUAG